GUCGAAGCGGCAAGGUGCGAGGGCGCAGGCGGACGUAAAGUGGACAUGGCGAGCGGAUCCUGUCGUGUAGGGCCGUGACGGAAGGGGACCCACGUCAAAGGCGAGCGCAACUUCUCUCUCCUUUCCACCACAUCCUCGGUCGCCUUUCUUGCGCUUUCUCGCCUUUCCUCAAAGAGAGUUCUGCAGCUCAUGGUCUUGCAUCCAAAGGGCACUGCUGGCCCGGUAGUGUUUGCCCAGCGGCACAUCCGAGGGACGAUAUUCGCCUACCAUGAGCAACUCAUCAAGGAGCGACGAGAGGAGGUCAUCGCUGCGAUACCUCGUCUCGGCGAUAACAACGUCAUGAGCCGACUCUCGUACAACAAUUGGGGCGGCAGCUCUCCAAGAGGCUAUUUCCAGCAGAUCAUUCGGGUCAUACGCACCACCAAUAUUCUCGAAAUCCUCGGCAGAUUAGGGCUCUGCCAAGCAAACUGGCUCGACUACCUUCUGACUCGGCCACUCGAUGUCAACUACUGGCUCACAGCCUACUCGUCUCUCGACAAGCGCCCCAAGAGCGCCGCUCACCCCUUUACCAGCUAUCCACAGGCAAAGGUCUCGUCUGGCGCACAAUAUGAGUCCGACGACUCCAACCCAAUGGAGAUUUUCUACUACUCGAUCUGCCGAACUGGCUUUUCUCGUCACAGCGGACUCUCCAGGACGAGGGAGCACUCGACGGCGAUGGUGCUGCGCGACGAACAGGGACGCUCCUUCACCAUAGAGCUUCUCGACCUCCCCAGUCAACAAUUCCUCAUUGAUGCCGCCGAGCGUUGCCCUACUUUGCUUUACGCCGAUGACAGCCCAUUCUUCCCGAUUCACGACGCUUUUUGCUACUCCAAGCAGACGCAGCUGGGCGCCGUGAUCUGGAGAACACCCCCAUGCCCUCUUGCUCAUCGUCUUGGCCCCGGCCUUGAGGGGCCGGACGAGCUGCGAAGGAUCUUGGAGAAGAUGCGAGACCUCUUCAGCCACCUCGUCGUGCUCCGCGAGCAUGGCGUUUCCCUCGAUGGGCAGAAGAUGGGCGAACGUUGGCACCACUCUCUAGCGUACGACGCGAGUCAUCCGACGGGCCAUGGCCCUUGGAUUCUUCCUUUCUACCUCCAACCUACUCACUCACCCAGCUGUCCUGGAAAGCUCGCACGUCUCAGUCAUUGGGAAGAGAAGCUGCCACCUGUGCCCAAGGAUGCUUGGCCAGCCGGCUCCACUACUGUGCGUGACCUUCCGUGGAGUCAGAUAUCAGCAUACCACGACCCUCGGGUGCCCGGUCCAAGGGCGGUGAUUCUUGCAUGGUGUCACACAAGCCAGCUUCGCCGAUCAGGAGUCCGAAGAGCGUAAGGCUAAGAUCAAGGCCAAGGCAGCCAGUGCGAGGAGGACACCAAUAUCCCCUUCCGGCGUCGAGCCCGUCAAUCGAUUUCAUGAGGACCUCAUCACGAUGGCAGAGUACGCGCUUGACUGCCUAUUCGCUAGAGGGCUGUCACGGGACAAGCAGCUCGAGCUUCUCGAGACUACCUAUUCGUCCGACGCAUACGAGUCAGCUCUG